AUGGGUCGCACACCAAUACACAGAGCUGUUGAAUCUAACGAUGUUAGCAUAGUUCAGGAACUCAUUGAGAGUGGGGCUACAAUAGAUGUUCAUGAUAAUCAACAAUGCACUCCUUUGGAUUUUGCAACAUCUUUGGGAUAUAUUCCGAUAAUGAAAACUCUUAUUCAAGCAAAUGCAGAUAUACAUAAUAAUCAUACUUUUGGCAAUAUAGGUGCUCAUGAUGCAGCAAUCGAUGGGAAACGUGAUGUCAUCACAGUUCUGUUUAGAGUCAGGGUUGAUGUAAACUGCAAAAAUAAAAGAAGGAAGUACAAUGCUUCAUUUAGCAGCUGGGAAUGGGCACAGAGAAUUAGUGCAAACUCUUGA